UAGAUCCCAUCCCAAUAAUUAGUACCUUCUUGGUUCCCUGUACACAUUUAUGAUAUUACAAAAUGGCGUUGAGGUCCAUGUUCAAAUUUUCCCUGCCACGGCCUCCGAAGAAACGCCCAGAAGAUCACGGAAUCCUUCUUAGAGACCCUGCUAUUGAAAGAUGGGCAAAGAUGAGAGAGACAACCCAUCUAUACUUCAAGCUUAGACCAAAAACAGUGUUAUAUGGAGUCAUCUGGGGUAUCAUUGUGCCAGGUGCUUUCUACUAUGCCCUUAAAUGGGACCUGCACCGCCAAGACAAGGAAGCUGGAAGGCCUCCAAGAGAUUUUCUUUAAGAAGAUGGCGUAUUUUGCCAGUGUGAAUAGACUGUUUGGUUUAUGAGAAUAAUUAUAUUGAAUAAAUUUGUUUACCUCAAAAUGCUUGUU